AUGGUACUGACGAUUUAUCCUGACGAACUCGUACAAAUAGUGUCUGAUAAAAUUGCUUCAAAUAAGGGAAAAAUCACUUUGAAUCAGCUGUGGGAUAUAUCUGGUAAAUAUUUUGAUUUGUCUGAUAAAAAAGUUAAACAGUUCGUGCUUUCAUGCGUGAUAUUGAAAAAGGACAUUGAGGUGUAUUGUGAUGGUGCUAUAACAACUAAAAAUGUGACUGAUAUUAUAGGCGACGCUAAUCAUUCAUACUCGGUUGGGAUUACUGAGGACAGCCUAUGGACAUUAUUAACGGGAUACACAAAAAAGGAGUCAACUAUUGGAAAUUCUGCAUUUGAACUACUUCUCGAAGUUGCCAAAUCAGGAGAAAAAGGGAUCAAUACUAUGGAUUUGGCGCAGGUAACUGGGCAAGAUCCUAGAAGUGUGACUGGACGUAUCAAGAAAAUAAACCACCUGUUAACAAGUUCACAACUGAUUUAUAAGGGACACGUCGUGAAGCAAUUGAAGCUAAAAAAAUUCAGCCAUGACGGGGUGGAUAGUAAUCCCUAUAUUAAUAUUAGGGAUCAUUUAGCAACAAUAGUUGAGGUGGUAAAACGAUCAAAAAAUGGUAUUCGCCAGAUAAUUGAUUUAAAGCGUGAAUUGAAAUUUGACAAAGAGAAAAGACUUUCUAAAGCUUUUAUUGCAGCUAUUGCAUGGUUAGAUGAAAAGGAGUACUUAAAGAAAGUGCUUGUAGUAUCACCCAAGAAUCCUGCCAUUAAAAUCAGAUGUGUAAAAUACGUGAAAGAUAUUCCAGACUCUAAAGGCUCGCCUUCAUUUGAGUAUGAUAGCAAUAGCGCGGAUGAAGAUUCUGUAUCAGAUAGCAAGGCAGCUUUCGAAGAUGAAGACUUAGUCGAAGGUUUAGAUAAUUUCAAUGCGACUGAUUUAUUACAAAAUCAAGGCCUUGUUAUGGAAGAGAAAGAGGAUGCUGUAAAGAAUGAAGUUCUUCUUAAUCGAUUUUAUCCACUUCAAAAUCAGACUUAUGACAUUGCAGAUAAGUCUGGCCUUAAAGGAAUUUCAACUAUGGAUGUUGUAAAUCGAAUUACCGGAAAAGAAUUUCAGCGAGCUUUUACCAAAUCAAGCGAAUAUUAUUUAGAAAGUGUGGAUAAGCAAAAAGAAAAUACAGGGGGGUAUAGGCUUUUUCGCAUAUACGAUUUUGAGGGAAAGAAGAAGUUUUUUAGGCUGUUCACAGCUCAGAACUUUCAAAAGUUAACAAAUGCGGAAGACGAAAUAUCCGUUCCAAAAGGGUUUGAUGAGCUAGGCAAAUCUCGUACCGAUUUGAAAACUCUCAACGAGGAUAAUUUCGUCGCACUCAACAACACUGUUAGAUUUACAACGGACAGCGAUGGACAGGAUAUAUUCUUCUGGCACGGUGAAUUAAAAAUUCCCCCAAACUCAAAAAAAACUCCGAAUAAAAACAAACGGAAGAGGCAGGUUAAAAACAGUACUAAUGCUUCUGUUGCAGGAAACAUUUCGAAUCCCAAAAGGAUUAAGCUAGAGCAGCAUGUCAGCACUGCACAGGAGCCGAAAUCUGCUGAAGAUAGUCCAAGUUCAAACGGAGGCACUGUUGUCAAAGGCAAGGUGGUUAACUUCGGCGGCUUUUCUGCCCGCUCUUUGCGUUCACUACAGAGACAGAGAGCCAUUUUGAAAGUUAUGAAUACGAUUGGUGGGGUAGCAUACCUGAGAGAACAAUUUUACGAAAGCGUUUCUAAAUAUAUGGGCUCCACAACGACAUUAGAUAAAAAGACUGUCCGUGGUGAUGUUGAUUUGAUGGUAGAAAGCGAAAAAUUAGGAGCCAGAACAGAGCCUGUAUCAGGAAGAAAAAUUAUUUUUUUGCCCACUGUUGGAGAGGACGCUAUCCAAAGGUACAUCCUGAAAGAAAAAGAUAGUAAAAAAGCAACCUUUACUGAUGUUAUACAUGAUACGGAAAUAUACUUCUUUGACCAAACGGAAAAAAAUAGGUUUCACAGAGGAAAGAAAUCAGUUGAAAGAAUUCGUAAGUUUCAGAACCGCCAAAAGAAUGCUAAGAUCAAAGCUUCAGAUGACGCUAUCUCUAAGAAGAGUACGUCGGUCAACGUAUCAGAUGGAAAGAUCAAAAGGAGAGACAAAAAAGUGUCUGCUGGUAGGACAACGGUGGUCGUGGAAAAUACUAAAGAAGACAAAACUGUCUAUCAUGCAGGCACUAAAGAUGGUGUUCAGGCUUUAAUCAGAGCUGUUGUAGUUACUAAAAGUAUUAAAAAUGAAAUAAUGUGGGACAAAAUAACAAAAUUAUUUCCUAAUAAUUCUUUAGAUAACCUAAAAAAGAAAUGGACGGCACGGCGAGUAAGAAUGGGUCAUAGUGGUUGGAGGGCAUAUGUCGAUAAGUGGAAAAAAAUGCUCGUUCUAGCCAUUAAAAGUGAAAAGAUUUCACUGAGGGAUGUUGAAGAACUAGAUCUUAUCAAAUUGCUUGAUAUUUGGACCUCUUUUGAUGAAAAGGAAAUAAAAAGGCCGCUCUUUCUUUAUAAGAACUACGAAGAGAAUAGAAAAAAAUUUACUCUGGUACGUGAUGACACACUUACACAUUCUGGCAACGAUCUGGCCAUGUCUUCUAUGAUUCAAAGAGAGAUCUCUUCUUUAAAAAAAACUUACACUAGAAAGAUUUCCGCUUCUACUAAGGACUUAUCGAAGAGUCAAAGCGACGAUUAUAUUCGCACAGUGAUCCGGUCCAUAUUAAUAGAAAGUCCUUCGACCACUAGAAAUGAAAUAGAGGCGUUGAAGAACGUUGGAAACGAAUCAAUAGAUAACGUCAUCAUGGAUAUGGCUAAGGAAAAGCAAAUUUAUCUCCAUGGCUCAAAACUUGAAUGUACUGAUACUUUACCAGACAUUUUGGAAAAUAGAGGAAAUUAUAAAGAUUUUGGUGUAGCUUUUCAGUAUAGAUGUAAGGUUAAUGAAUUAUUGGAGGCCGGAAACGCUAUUGUUAUCAAUCAAGAGCCGUCCGAUAUAUCCUCUUGGGUUUUAAUUGAUUUGAUUUCGGGAGAGCUAUUGAAUAUGGAUGUAAUUCCAAUGGUGAGAAAUGUUCGACCUUUAACGUAUACUUCAAGGAGAUUUGAAAUACGAACAUUAACUCCCCCUCUGAUUAUAUAUGCCAAUUCUCAGACAAAAUUGAAUACAGCAAGGAAGUCUGCUGUCAAAGUUCCACUGGGCAAACCAUUUUCUCGUUUAUGGGUGAAUGGAUCUGGUUCCAUUAGGCCAAACAUAUGGAAGCAGGUAGUUACUAUGGUCGUUAACGAAAUAAUAUUUCAUCCAGGGAUAACAUUGAGUAGAUUGCAAUCUAGGUGUCGUGAAGUACUUUCGCUUCAUGAAAUAUCAGAAAUAUGCAAAUGGCUCCUAGAAAGACAAGUAUUAAUAACUACUGAUUUUGAUGGCUAUUGGGUCAAUCAUAAUUGGUAUUCUAUAUAUGAAUCUACAUAA